AGACUAUAGACCUUUUGCCCUUUUGGUGUCCUUUGUUGACCACAACCCAACCUCUAGAGUCCAGACUUGCAACCAUAUGGUUUACCGCCCAAAGCCUUCAAAGCAAGCAGCCUCAUCUUCUCUGCUCACAACCCAAUAACGCUCUCUGCUACACUACUCCAUUAAAGGGUUCAAGCUCCAAGCUUCAUACUCCACUGAAUUGCAACAAGGUCAGACCUUUGGCAGAUAGUGUUGGCAUGAGUUUAUGGCUUGCUAUCGGUUUUCGCAUCUUCAUGUCUACUCAAGGCCAACUGGUUGCUUAGGAAAGAACUUUCUUAUUCACAGUGUUGGCAGUAAGCUUUGCAAAUCACAUGUAUUAAAUUUCCCUCCAAUUUUCAAUGCUAAGGGGUUUUCCAAGUUACUUUUCCAUUCUGGAAGAGAUAUUACUAGAUUACCCUUUGUGUCUUCUGGUAGCAAUGUGGAAACUUCCUUGCAAAAUGAGCGAGGGAUUGGGCAACGCAAAUAUAUGCAAUUUGUCAAUCCCAAUGUUGCUGCACUAAGUGAGGCUCCUUCAAAUGGUAGGGUGAUGCUCAUUGAUGGGACCGCUGUUAUAUACCGAGCCUACUACAAGCUUUUAGCAAAAUUGCACCAUGGCUAUCUUUCAAAUGCUGAUGGCAACGGAGACUGGGUUCUUACAAUAUUUGCCGCUUUAUCUCUUAUAAUUGAUGUGCUUACAUUCAAUCCUUCGCAUGUGGCGGUGGUGUUUGACCAUAUUGGAUAUUCAUUUGCUGAAACUACUAAUUCCUCAAAACAAAGCUUAACAUUCAAAGGCACAAAUUUUCGCCACACCAUGUAUCCACAGUAUAAGAGCAACCGUGGUCCUACACCUGAUACUGUGGUUCAAGGACUUCAGUAUCUAAAAGCAUCCAUCAAGGCUAUGUCAAUUAAAGUAAUUGAGGUACCAGGUGUUGAAGCUGAUGAUGUUAUAGGAACUCUUGCUUUAAGGAGUGUUGAGUCUGGUUACAAGGUCCGAGUUGUCUCACCAGAUAAAGAUUUCUUCCAGCUUCUGUCACCUUCCCUGCGUCUUUUACGAAUUGCUUCACGUGGAGAUGAAAUGGUCUCAUAUGGCCUGGAGGAUUUUGCCAAAAGAUAUGGAACUCUAAGUCCUUCUCAGUUUGUUGAUGUUGUUGCACUUGUUGGCGACAAAAGUGAUAACAUACCAGGGGUAACAGGAAUAGGGGAAGUAAAUGCUGUUCAGUUGAUAACAGAAUUUGGAUCUUUGGAAGAAUUAUUGUCUAAUAUUGAUAAAGUGCGAGAAGGCCAUAUAAAAGAGGCACUGAUAUCAAGUACUGAUCUAGCUCUCAUGAGCAAAGAAUUGGCAAUAUUGCGUUCUGAUCUUCCUCAUUACCUUGUUCCAUUUGCUACAUCUGAUCUGAUAUUUCAUAAGCCAGAGGAUGAUGGCGAAAAAUUCACAGCGCUGUUGAAUGCAAUCAGUGCUUAUGCUGAAGGCUUUUCAGCAGAUCCUAUCAUCAGAAGGGCACUCUACUUGUGGCAGAAACUGGAGAAACAGUAACAGAAAAACCAAAUAGGCAAAGGCGGUUUAUUUCAACCUGCUGCAAAGAUCAGAAGUUGCCGAUACAUAUCUUCCAGAGUGUUCAGGAUUUACUGAUUUAUUUUUAGGCAAAUUCUAGGUGUAAAUUACCUUUGUAAAUACAUUAUACAUCUAAUCCAGAGUGUACAAUGUACAUACAUCAUUAUAUGACCUGAUACUUAUUUAAAACAACAAUAUUAGUCUUCAUGAUUUGACAAUUUUUCAUAAAAUGUGUGCACAGUUUCUAGAUCUAACUUUUUUUUUUUAACUGUACGGAAAACCUACAUUAUAAAUUAACUUCUUUCUUUGAAGCAUGUUUACACUGUUAUCAAGUUCUCAG